CUCGCGCACACUUUUAACUCCUUCAGAGAGACACCAACAACAAGCCCUAUCUAUCUCCCUCUUCACCCCUCGACUUCCCGACCUACCUACCCACCCACCCUUCCCACACCGCGACCACCCCCCCACCACCAAAAAAAACUACAUUCCAGGCGAACGCGUGUGCGGGUUGAAAAACAAAGCGACGACAAGGAUCGAAGUUUCUUUCCACCUUCCCUCUCCCUUUCAUCUAUUCAUCAGCACAUGGACUGAAAUCGCUCAAGAAGGCAGCUCACCAUCAGCUUCUUAAGGCAACAAGGGACAGACAGUAAAUGCUGGCCUAGCCAGUGACAACCAUGUCCGACAGAUCGCUACGCCUGUGGCCUUUCAUGGGCUGAGGUUUUAAAAAAGGAAGAAACAUGGCCCUAAAUACGACAGAUGAUCACAGAUUCAGGCGAGAUUCUGGAGACCCAUGUGGAAUGAACAAAACAGCCUGCACAGAAAUCGUCAUUCUUAAGUGAACUCAUCCAAACCAGACUGAGAUCCAUUUGAAGCCAUUGGCUCCUCUGUCCAAUUGCGUGCUGUUUGUCCAUUAUUAACCAAUUAUCUGAUAAUUUUGUUCAUCCUUUUCCCAUCGGUCUGUUUGGAAGAACAAUGACACCAUAGCCAGAUCACCACCUCGUGUACAGAAAUCAGUGACCACCUCUACUGUAACCAUACUUUGGCAGAUCUUCUGACUGCAACUGCUUCGAGUAAAAUUAAAUGUAUUAAAAAUCAUUGAAGGUUUGUCCAAUCCCUGCUGCCAAAGAGAUGCAUUCCCAGGGAAUUCUGCCAGAGCAGAGUCAGAGAAAGACAGGAAAUGGUCCUUCCUUGUUCUGAAGGCAGCUGCUUUUUACCGGGUGUAUUGGCUGCUCUACUCAACGUGAUGUAAAAUGAAUGCCCUAAUAAUUCGAUUUGGUAUGGAAAAGCUGCGAAUAAUAAAUGUCAAUUCAUUGUAUUUGGCAAGUUACAGUCCAAGACUUUUCUGGAUUGUGAAGACACAAUUCAGAUCAUCCUCAGAUAAUAAGACUUCUAAGCCUCAGAAUUUCACAGACUAUGAAUCUAUUAAACAGCAGUACAAACCACAAGUGCCAGAAUACUUCAAUUUUGCAAGUGAUAUCCUUGAUAAGUGGAGUGAAAUGGAAAAGGUCGGAAAUAGGGGUUCAAAUCCUGCUUUGUGGUGGUUGAGUGAACAUGGGCAAGAAGUGAAAUGGAGUUUCCAAGAUCUUGACAUCUACUCUAAGAGGGUGGCCAAUGUCCUGUCAGAUGCUUGUGGUCUACAAUUAAAGGAUCGAGUUAUUGUUAUCCUGCCCAGGGUUCCAGAAUGGUGGCUUAUAAACAUAGCAUGCAUCAGAACAGGUACUGUACUGAUCCCUGGCACAACCCAGUUAACAGACAGAGAUAUUUUACACAGGCUUCAAGCCUCUGAAGCAAGAUGCAUCAUUACAGAUGACAACAUGGCAGUUGCUGUAGAUUCAGUGGCGUCCAAGUGCCCUUCCCUCAAAGCAAAGGUGACAAUAUCACAUACACAAAGAGAGGGAUGGAUGAACUUCCAAGAUCUUUUCCAAAAUGCAUCAGAAUACCACAAAUGUGUAAAUACCAAGAGUUUGGACCCACUGGCCAUUUUCUUUACCAGCGGAACUACAGGAGCUCCAAAAAUGGCCCUUCAUACCCACUGCAGUUAUGGAAUGGGCCUUACAGUAAAUGGAAGGUACUGGUUGGAUCUCACUCCUUCAGAUGUGAUGUGGAAUACCUCAGACACUGGCUGGGCCAAGUCUGCAUGGAGCAGCUUCUUUUCGCCUUGGAUUCAAGGAGCUUGUGUUUUUGCCCUUCAGAUGCAACGGUUUGAUGCGAAAAUUACUUUGGAAGUUUUAUCCAAGUAUCCCAUAACAACCUUCUGCUCUCCACCUACUAUAUAUCGUAUGCUAGUGCAGAAUAAUGUCAGGAGUUACAGAUUCAAACGCCUCCAGCACUGUGUGAGUGCUGGAGAGCCCAUGAACCCUGAAGUGAUGGAGACUUGGAAGAAACAUACAGGCUUAGACAUAUAUGAAGGAUAUGGCCAGACUGAGACUGUCUUAAUCUGUGCAACAUUUAAAGGCAUGAAAAUUAAACCUGGUUCAAUGGGAAAGCCAUCUCCAGCAUAUAAUGUGCAGAUUAUUGAUGAGAAUUACAAUGUAGUUCCUCCUGGAGUGGAAGGUGAAAUUGCCAUUCAAAUGAAGCCUGUUAAACCCUUUGGCCUCUUCUCUGGAUACAUUGAUGAUCCACAACGAACUGCAGCAGUCCUACGAAAUGACUAUUUUCUGACUGGAGACCGUGGUCAAAUGGAUGAGGAUGGAUACUUCUGGUUUGUUGGAAGAUCAGAUGAUAUAAUUUUAUCAGCUGGCUAUCGUGUUGGACCAUUUGAAGUAGAAAACGCACUGAUAGAGCAUCCAGCUGUUGCCGAAACUGCUGUGGUUAGCAGCCCAGAUGUUAUCAGAACAGAGGUUGUAAAGGCAUUUAUCGUUCUAAGUUCUUCUUAUACAUCUCAAGAUCCUGAUGAAUUAAUUAAAGAAUUACAAGAUCAUGUUAAGAAAGUCACAGCACCAUAUAAAUACCCAAGGAAGAUAGAAUUUGUGAAGGAACUGCCCAAGACUGUUAGUGGAAAAAUCAAAAGAAAUGUGUUACGGAAGGAAGAAUGGGAAAAGAAACCUAAGGCUUAAAUCAUUAUUGCAUAACAUUUUAAAAUGGAAUCAUUAAUGAGCAAAACAUGUUUAUUAAACGAAUGAUUUGAAGAAAACAUAAAUGACAUGUUAUCUGAUUAAUUUGUUCAACUCAAUGAAAGAGGUAUAUAUUACAAAGUUGCAGUGUGUCCUCCUAUCCACUAUCUGUUAAUAUUUAAGCCACUCGUCCUGCACCAUUUUUGUGCCUCACAUGACAUUGUAUAGUUGCUACUUCAGUUUGAGUGAUUUCCUAUUUUGAAGAAUAACUCUAUUUCUAGUAAACAAGCUUUAAGAUAUUGUAGCCAAAAUUAA